AUGGUUUCAAAAGGCAUUCUUCCUUGGGUUGCUAGCAUGCUCUUUAGUGCUGCAACCUCGGAGGUCUUGACUUGCAGUGACUGGCUUUUAGGAAAGGAUCUUGAUGUCAUACAACCUCAACAUGGAAAUAUUGAUUACUUGUGGAAUCAGCUGUGGCGGCCAUUGGCGAUUGCUCAGGCCGAGCCCUUUUAUGACGCAAAUGUGUCAGACUUUGAUCCUAUAUUUGAUCAUCUGAUCAAGUAUAAUAUAUCGGAUGCAAAUACUGACGAAUAUGUGAAUGCUUUUCUUCCAACUGCCAGAGAUCUCAUUUCCCGGGCAGAGGAAGCAGAAAAUCACCGGAAUACACAGAUUGCGGGAGAUUUGUAUACUCGUGCUGCUGUUGUCUUACGUAUUGCAAGAUAUCCUUCACCAAUUAUACCCACAAAAGAGCUUGCUUGGAGAAUGCAGGUCGAUGCUUACUUCAAGAGCGCCAAAUACCUUGAUCCUCCAGUCUCUUCCGUGCAAAUAAAUCACACAUAUGCUGCUAAUGGGGAUGGACCUACGAUUCCGGUUGCUGUCCGACAUGUUCCAGAUUCGGAAUCCUCGGCCAUACUACACCCAGUUCUUCUUUUUGUUACUGGCGUCGACGAAUUUCGGCCUGACUUCAAUCCAUUGACCGAAUGGGCCGUCAAUCAGGGAUAUGAGGUUGUUGUGGCCGAGGUGCCAGGAACAGGUGACUGUCCAAGCAACCGAUCGGACCCGGUGGCCGGGGAUCGUCUAUGGAAUAGUGUGCUCAAUUGGAUGGAAAGCCAACCUCAAUAUGAUACCGGACGAAUUGGAGUCUGGUCAUUCUCGACGGGAAGCUAUUACGGAGUUAGAAUGGCACAUACCCACUCUGAUCGUUUGCAUUCGGUCGUCGCCCAAGGGACUCCGGUGCAUGAAGCAUUUAGCCCGGACUGGAUUAGUCACAAUGACGACCACGAAUAUGCGUUUAGGGCGACCCCUGCGCUGACGUCUAAAUGGGGUUACGAGAGCCUCGAUGAGUUCAAACAGAAUAGUAUGCAGGAUUAUUCCCUUGUCCUAGAUGGUACAUUGGAACAGAAUUCAACGCAGCUACUUAUGAUCAAUGGGAUAAAAGAUGGGUUCUUUCCAGCCGAAGACACACUGAUACCUCUUGAUUUUGGCCAGCCAAAGCUCGUCAAGCUUUUCCCUAAUGAGACCCACAUGGGAGGUGACCCAGGUUUCAAAUUGGCUCAAGAUUGGUUGGUGAGUGUUCUGUGA